AUGCUCAGAUCAUACCAAUCUACUACAGAAAACUACGACGACUGCAAAAGGGAUGCCUCAUGUAGUAUUACUGUAUCAGUAUCGCACCCUCUUUCUCGAUCCAGACACCAAAUUGACUUGAGUAUCAAAAAGCUGCCUUCUAAGUACCCCAUGUAG